UGUGUGUGUAAAAUUAAGGGAGAUAACUGUAUUUAAUAUCCUGACUGGGCCACACCGGAUCAUCGUCGGACGUCGUCGUUUCAUCUAACAGGUACUUUGUUGACUCACCUAAAGGGGAAAUGCUUAUAACAACAAGGACUUCAUUAAUGGCUAAAGCUAUGCAGCUGCUGUACCAAGGCCAGUUAUUCCAUUCUUCUUGCCUGCGGGCAGCAAGUGUUGAUAAGAAGCUUCUUAGUGCCCUGCGGAAGAAAACUGGGUUUACAUUUGUGAAUUGCAAGAAAGCUUUGGAGAAAUUUGGAAGUGAUAUUGAGCAGGCAGAAGCAUGGUUGAAAGAACAAGCUCAGAAGGAAGGUUGGCAGAAAGCUUUGAAACUUCAAGGGCGGCAGAUGUCUCAGGGUCUUGUCGCAGUGAUGCUACGAGAGAAUUCUGCUACCAUGAUAGAGUUGAAUUGUGAAACUGAUUUUGUUGCUCGGAAUGAAAAGUUCCAAGAACUUGUCAAAAAUCUGUCAACAUGUUGCCAAGACUAUUUCAAUAAUUCUGCACAAAAUAAAAUGUUACUGAAUAAAGAGCAGGUGAACCAAAUCGUUCAUGGAUCAAACUCUUUAGGGGACAAGGUCGCUAAAGAGGUUGGUAACAUAGGAGAAAACAUGGCUCUCCGAAGAGCAGCUUACCUCCAGACAGCAUUAUCACCAUCCACCUGGCUAGGGUCAUACGUACACUCAACACAAGGUUUAGCUAAAGUAACAGACUGCGCCGUUGGUAAAUUUGCUGCCAUCGUUACAAUUAAACCAACGUCGGAUGAAGUGCCUGAGCAGAACGUGGUAGAAGCAGGGCAGCGUUUGGCGCAACACAUUGUCGGUAUGAACCCUACCAAGGUCGGAAAUCCCGAUUGCGAUGAACCACACGCAGACAAGGACCAAGAGAAUGUUCUGAUCUUCCAGGAGUUCCUGCUCGACAGUAGCAAGACUGUCGGACAAUACUUGUCAGAUAUGUCGAUAACGGUUCAGGACUUUGUUCGCUUUGAGUGUGGUGAGGUUCUUGCUGAAGAGGAGAGCAACAAGGAGACUGUGGCCACAGCUGCUGCUAGUAGUAGUUAAUAGGGUGUGUUAGGAUUGGAGUUACACCCUCUACUCAUGUAUGUGUGUACAUAUGUAUGUGCGUGUGUGUGUUUACCAGGCAUGGGCAACCAUUUUCAAGAAGUGGGCCUGUGAGAUAUGACUCAUCAUUGAGUGAGUGAAGGUAAUUUUUUAUUAAGUGUGCCAUUCAGAAAGUGAUGCAAGCUGUGUGUGGCCCGCAGGCUGCAGGUCAAUCCAUGACUGCUUUCUGUGUAUAAUUUUUACAAGGUAAUGGUUGACAUUUAUUUUGAAGUUUUUGCUAUGCAGUCAACACAGCCAACACUUGAAAGUAACCAUCAUCCUUUUCCUUGUAAAACCGAAAUAAAUGUACUAUUCCAGUGAAA